ACGUUAGAUUAGACUUUUACUUUGGCUUAAGAAAAGAAGCUUCCACAAACAAGCGGCUCAAAAGUCCGGAGUUCCAAAAUCCAAUGGGCACCCACAAGGAAUAGGACUGGACUGAAGGCAAGGAACCCUCUCCUUCCCAUCAUUCUACACUCCUCUAACCUUCAAUAAAACCCGAAGCCGAAGCCAUAAGCGAAGUUGUAUCUAAAUUCGAACACUGCACAACAGAUUUUCCCAUGGUGUCCCCACAUUUUCUCCCACUCUCUCUCUGUUUUCUAUUCCUUCUGCCUCAUCUCUCUCAUUCAGCUCUUCAUUUACGCGGAUGGCUCGCAGACACGAAAACGCAUGAGUCGGUGCUGAGAUUGAAGAAACCUUCUUUCUCUUCUUUUGAUCCCACUCGUGUCACUCAGCUGUCAUGGCAUCCCAGGUCUUUCAUUUAUAAGGGAUUUCUGACUGAUGAAGAGUGCGACCACCUUAUGAAACUCGCUAGGGAUAAGCUGGAGAAAUCGAUGGUGGCGGAUAACGAGUCUGGUAAGAGUGUAAUGAGCGAGGUCCGAACGAGCUCUGGCAUGUUUCUUCAGAAAGCUCAGGAUGAAAUAGUCUCAGAUAUUGAGGCCAGGAUUGCUGCAUGGACCUUCCUUCCAGCAGAAAAUGGGGAGUCCAUUCAAAUACUGCACUAUGAGCAUGGUGAGAAAUAUGAACCACAUUUUGAUUAUUUUCACGACAAGGCUAAUCAAAAACUGGGUGGCCACAGGGUUGCCACUGUAUUGAUGUAUUUGUCUGAUGUUGAAAAGGGUGGGGAGACAAUCUUUCCCAAUUCAGAGGCAGGGAUGUCUCAACCAAAGGACGAUGGCUGGUCUGAUUGUGCUAAAAAAGGCUAUGCAGUGAAACCCAAAAAGGGUGAUGCCUUGCUGUUCUUCAGUCUUCAUCCUGAUGCAACUACAGAUACCAACAGCUUGCAUGGGAGCUGCCCCGUUAUUGAGGGUGAGAAGUGGUCUGCAACCAAGUGGAUUCACGUGCGAUCCUUUGAAAAAUCAGCAAGGCACCCCGACAAUGGGGAUUGCGUUGAUGAGGAUGAGAACUGCCCCAUGUGGGCCAAGUCUGGUGAGUGUGAAAAGAAUCCUCUUUACAUGGUGGGUUCUGAGCACUCUAACGGAAAUUGCAGGAAGAGUUGCAAGGUUUGCUCAUCCUAGGAAAACCAUUUUUACUUUGUUCUUUAAGAGAACGGGGAUAAUCCUCUGAUUGUUGUAUAUAACUUUGAGGUGUGAAGUAGAGUAUUUUCAUAA